AUGGGGGGUUCAGGUCUCAUACCUGCCUCCUUCUCGGGAGGUCAAAACAACUUCAACCAAUCAGGUGCCAUACCUCAGGGGGAAGGUUCUGGGGGCAUCAAUUACUCAGCCUAUCCAAACUCUGCGCCAAACACAGGUCUUCAGGGGGUGCAACCGCUGACGGGGUAUGAGCUGCCAGGACAUGAGAGACCGUUUCGGGAUGCAGAAGCAAAUCUGCUGCGGAUGGUCAAUGCUCGUGCUGGAAGUCUCAUUGACUUCUCUAAUGAAUCGGGACACACGAUGGAUUCGAUCCGAAAGUACAUUGCGGACCAGAGACUGACGUGGACACCGGAUCAGGACAGGGAGCUGAGAGCUGUUAGGGUGGACGAGCUCUCUGAUAUGUCUCGCGUCAGGCAACAACUCACGUUGAGUGGGCACCGAAUCGACGACGAAAUUCUGGCCCGCGCCAAGUAUCUCGCGGGUGAAGAGGUGGCCCGACAUUCUGCGCAGAUCAACAACCGUCGUUCCACGACGCUACAGCAGGAGUGGACAGAAGACGAGUCCAAAAUACUCCAGCAGUGGGUGCAGGCCCAGUGUGUACAUAGGUGGAGCUACAUCCAACGUCAACCCAAAAGACCCCGAGAAAGGCCAUUCUGGACGGUUGAAGAGCUCAGGCAGCUUCGCAAUUUCGCAGCUGGACAUGACAGCUGGACCGAGAAUAAAGACGAAUUGAAGCGUUCACUUCCUGGUCGGACCACGGACGCCUGCGCCGCUAGAUGGCAUCGUUUAAUGAAAGCAUGGGGGGCUGAGGAGGAUGCUUACCUGCGCAGUCUCACACCUCAGGACAGCACGGACUGGUGGGAAACAGUUGCUGGCAAUCGGAUUAUCAUGGAAGGACGGAGCAUCGAGGAGCUGAGGUUUUUGAAUUUCUGUGACACCGACUCGCUGCACAAGAGGAGUCUUGUCGUGAGGCGUGCUCCACGCUCGUGGGCACUCACGACGGUAUUCAAUGAACAAAUCGUGCAGGUGGCCAACUGCGACGUCGAAAAACCCAUCACAGAGGACUUGAUUGAGAUACUGCACAGUGACCUCAGAUACAACGGUCACAGUCUUCUCCCACCUCUGAUUUUACGCGGGGCAAGGUCGACGAUAUUUGGAGGAGGGAUACAAGAUGAGUGGAUGACGAGGACAAGCCCGGACAUUGUGCUGCUGGCGACGGCGGCCGAAUUUCAGCUUACGAGCCAGAAAUGA